AUGUGUGUGGAUAAAAUUCACGGCAUCAUGUUGUUGCCACGCCGAAAAUUGGAUUACGCAUCGAUGGCGUUUCUCCUCUUGCCUUUGCUCGUACACGUAUCCCUGCCCGCUGUAUCCGGUUUUGUGUCGUGUUCGCCGAGUCCCUGCAAAAACGGAGGAGUGUGCGUGUCAUCGCCACGCGGCGAGUCGCAUUGCAAUUGUACGUCGAAGUACGUGGGCGAGUACUGCCAGCAUCUGAACCCCUGUCACACGGGGGCACGUUGUCAGAACGGUGGUUCCUGCUGGGUGAAAGAGGGCAUCGGGGGUGGGACGCCGUCGUUCACCUGUUCCUGCCCCGUCGGAUUUACCGCGAGCCUCUGCGAGAUACCGAUCGACAACGCGUGCGACUCAUCGCCUUGUCUGAACGAUGCCACUUGCAUUCUCAAGUCUCUCCGCGAAUACGCUUGCACCUGCGCCACCGGAUAUACAGGCGAGCACUGCGAGCGACAAGACCACUGCGCCGCGUCGCCGUGUCGAAACGGGGCCGAAUGUCGAUCGCUCGAGGACAGCUACAAGUGCACGUGCGCACCCGGCUUUGCGGGGCCGAAUUGCGCGGAGGACAUCGACGAAUGCGACAGGAACCCGUGCAGGCACGGCUCCUGCAUAAACAUUCACGGAUCUUACAAAUGCAUGUGCCCGAGCGGAUACACUGGCCAGAAUUGCGAGAACGCGUAUAUUCCCUGCGACCCAUCGCCGUGUAAAAAUGGAGGCACGUGUCGUCAGAUGAGCAAUCUGGAGUACGAAUGCAAGUGUCCCGAAGGAUUUCGAGGUGAACAGUGCGAGGAAAACAUCGACGACUGUCCGGGGAAUCUCUGCCAAAAUGGCGCGACCUGCAUGGACAGGGUGAACGAGUACUCUUGCCUCUGUCCACCGUCGUACACCGGUACGCAAUGCGAGCUGGAUGUGGACGAGUGUUCCGUGCGUCCUUCGUUGUGUCACAACGGUGCCACGUGCACGAAUUCUCCGGGCAGCUACUCGUGCAUUUGCGUGAAUGGCUGGACCGGGCCCGACUGCAGCGUCAACAUCGACGAUUGCGCAGGUGCAGCUUGUUUCAACGGCGCUACCUGCAUUGACCGUGUUGGCAGCUUCUACUGUCAGUGCACUUACGGGAAAACAGGGCUCCUGUGCCAUUUGGACGACGCCUGCACCUCGAACCCCUGUCACGAGGGUGCGAUCUGCGACACCAGCCCCAUCAACGGAUCAUUCACAUGCUCCUGCGCGACGGGUUACAAGGGGGUGGACUGCUCAGAGGACAUCGACGAGUGCGAGCAGGGAUCCCCCUGCGAGCACGACGGCAUCUGCGUGAACACGCCCGGCUCGUUCGCCUGCAACUGCACGCAAGGAUUCACAGGACCAAGAUGCGAGACGAACGUGAACGAAUGCGAGUCCCAUCCCUGUCAGAACGACGGCUCCUGCCUGGACGAUCCCGGAACGUUCCGAUGCGUCUGCAUGCCUGGUUUCACGGGCACCCAGUGCGAGAUCGACAUAGACGAGUGCGCCGCGAAGCCCUGCCUAAACGGGGGCGUGUGCACCGACCUGAUAAACUCCUUCAAGUGCACGUGCGCGAACGGUUUCGCCGGAGCCCACUGUCAGAUCAACAUAGACGACUGCGCGUCCUCGCCAUGCAAAAAUGGCGGGAUCUGCCAGGACUCGAUAGCGAAAUACACCUGCGACUGUCCGCCAGGGUUCACAGGCGCCUCCUGCGAGACGAACAUCAACGACUGCCAAUCGAACCCCUGCCACAGCGGCACAUGCAUCGACGGCGAGAACAGUUUCAGUUGCAACUGCUACGAGGGAUUCACCGGGAAGCUCUGUCAAAUCCAGAUCGACGAGUGCGAGAGCAAUCCGUGCCAAUUCGGCGGUAGAUGCGAGGACCGUAUAAACGGUUACCAGUGCAUCUGCAGGCCCGGCACGUCCGGCACGAACUGUGAGGUGAACGUGAACGAGUGCUAUAGCAAUCCGUGCAGGAACGGGGCGAGAUGCAUCGACGGUAUCAACAGGUAUUCGUGCGAGUGCGAGGCAGGUUUCACGGGGCAGCACUGCGAGACGGACAUAAACGAGUGCGCUAGCAAUCCUUGCGCGAACGGUGGUCGGUGCAUAGAUCUGAUAAACGGCUUCCGAUGCGAGUGCCCCCGCGGCUACUACGACGCUAGAUGUCUGAGCGACGUGGACGAGUGCGCUAGCAAUCCUUGCGUGAACGGUGGCACCUGCGAGGACGGUGUCAACCAGUUCAUCUGUCAUUGCUUGCCGGGUUACGGUGGCAAGAGAUGCGAGGCCGACAUUGACGAGUGCGGCUCGAAUCCUUGCCAACACGGCGGCACAUGCAACGACCACCUGAACGGCUACAGCUGCAAGUGUGUGCCCGGUUACGCGGGCACCAACUGCGAGACCAACAUCGACGAUUGCGCGAACAAUCCAUGCCAGAACGGCGGCUCGUGCAUCGACCUCGUCAACGACUACAAAUGCGUCUGCGAGCUGCCGUACACGGGACGGAACUGCGAGGACAAGCUCGAUCCUUGCUCCCCUAACAAGUGUCUACAUGGCGCCAAGUGUUCACCGUCGUCCAACUUCCUGGACUUCGCAUGCACCUGCACGGUGGGCUACACCGGCAGGCUCUGCGACGAGGACGUCGACGAGUGCGUGAUGACGUCCCCGUGCAGAAACGGCGCUACCUGCAGGAACACCAACGGCUCCUACCAAUGUGUCUGCGCCAAGGGCUACGAAGGACGGGACUGCAUCAUCAACACCGACGACUGUGCUUCCUUCCCCUGUCAAAAUGGUGGCACGUGCCUGGACGGAAUCGGCGACUACACUUGCCUCUGCGUGGACGGUUUCAGCGGCAAACACUGCGAGAUCGACGUGGACGAGUGUCAGUCGCAGCCCUGCCAGAACGGCGCCGUCUGCAAAGAGUACGUGAACUCCUACACGUGCCAGUGUCAGCUAGGAUUCUCCGGGAUAAAUUGUCAGACCAACGACGAGGAUUGCACGGACAGCAGUUGCAUGAACGGGGGCAAGUGCAUAGACGGCAUCAACAACUACACCUGCGUCUGCGAGCCGGGUUACACCGGAUCGAACUGUCAGUACCGUAUCAACGAGUGCGACAGUUCACCUUGUCUGAACGGCGCCACGUGCCACGAUCACGUUCAGUAUUUCACUUGUCACUGUCCUUACGGGUACACCGGGACGAGAUGCGACCAGUACGUGGACUGGUGCGGGGACAGUCCCUGCGAGAACCAGGCCACUUGCGUCCAACACAAGAACAAGUAUCACUGCAACUGCUCGCCAGGUUGGACCGGGAAGGUCUGCGACGUGGAGAUGGUCUCGUGCAAGGACGCGGCCAUCAGGAAGGGAGUGCCCGAGAAGAACCUGUGCAACAACGGAACCUGCGAGGAUAUUGGGAACAGCCAUCGUUGUCAUUGUCUGGAGGGGUACACAGGAUCGUACUGUCAGGAGGAGGUCAACGAGUGCGAUUCCGCCCCGUGUCAAAAUGGCGCCGCGUGCAAGGAUCUGGUCGGCUCGUAUCAGUGCCAGUGCACGAAAGGCUUCCAGGGUCAGAACUGCGAGCUCAACGUGGACGAUUGCAGGCCCAAUCCCUGUCAGAAUGGAGGUACUUGCCACGACCUGAUCAGCAACUUCAGCUGCUCGUGCCCGCCGGGAACCUUGGGCUUCAUCUGCGAACUGAACGUCGACGACUGCGCCAUCGGGACUUGCCAUAACAACGGAACGUGCACGGACAAGGUGGGCGGAUUCGAGUGCAGGUGUCCGCCCGGUUUCGUGGGACCCAGAUGCGAAGGAGACAUCAAUGAGUGCCUGUCGAACCCGUGCACCUCGCCGGGUACUCAGGAUUGCGUGCAGCUGGUCAACAACUACCACUGCAACUGCAAGCCAGGUUACAUGGGACGCCACUGCGAGGUCAAAGUGAACUUCUGCGACAGCUCGCCGUGUCAAAACGGCGGAGUCUGCACGGCCAAGCAAGCUGGACACACCUGUCUCUGUCCUAGCGACUAUUAUGGAAGCAACUGCGAGUUCGCUGGUUCUUAUUGCGAUCGGGAACCCUGCUUGAACGGAGGCACUUGUCGGGUGGCUGAAACGGAGGUAGGCUACAGGUGUUACUGUCCUCCGGGAACCACCGGAACUCAUUGCGAAAUAGACGCUAGAGACGAGUGCGCGAGCAAUCCCUGCCAGCAGUCCAACGCAGUAUGCAAGAACCUCCUUGGCGAUUAUGCCUGCGACUGUCCGCCCAAAUGGACGGGCAAGAACUGCGAGAUUUACGAUCCGAAUUACGGAGGUGGCGUAUUCGGCAGGGCGAACUCGAACGUCCCGAAAAUCAUGAACGCGUACGACCUGGAUUUGGAACUCGAAAGGAAGAAGUGCAUCGAGAACAGAUGCGAGGAGAAGUCGGGAAAUCAUCACUGCGACGAGGAGUGCAACAGGUAUGCCUGCAACUUCGACGGAAACGACUGCUCGCUUGGAAUCAACCCGUGGCGCAAUUGCACGGCCCCCAUCAACUGCUGGGACGUGUUCAUGAACGACGUUUGCGACGAUGUAUGCAACAAUGCCCAGUGUCUAUUCGAUGGAAGGGAUUGCGAGAGGAAGCUGGCGCCUUGCAACCCCAUCUACGACGCCUAUUGUCGCAAGCAUUACGCCAACGGACACUGUGACUAUGGCUGCAACAACGAGGAGUGCAACUGGGACGGACUCGACUGCGACACGGAACCGCCAUCGUUGGCGGAAGGAGUGAUCUCCGUGGUCGUGAGGAUGGACAUGCAGACGUUCCGUUCGAACGUGGUGGCUUUCCUCAGGGACAUCGGCCACGAGCUACGAACCACGUUGAGGGUGAAGCAGAACGAACUGGGCAACGACAUGAUAUACCCCUGGAAGAGAGAGGGCGAGCCAAGUUUGCAAACGAACUUCUUCGGUCGCCCAACCACCAUCUACACGAACAGUGAAAGUGGCGUGAUCGCCUAUUUGGAAAUCGACAACAGAAAAUGUACCGUCACGCAGGGAGCCGUGUGCUUCCCCUCGGCGAACGAGGCGGCGGAGUAUCUAGCAGCCACCGCAUCCAAGCAUUCCCUGUCACCAAACUUCCCUAUCGAGCAAGUACGAGGAGUCGUGGGGCCCCAGGGGCCCGAGUACCCGGACACUCCGACGAAUUACAAGUACGUCUUCAUCGGAGUGGUGAUCGUGGUACUCGGGGGGAUGUUGGUAGGCGUCCUGGUCACGGCGCAACGGAAACGCGCGGUGGGUGUGACCUGGUUCCCCGAGGGUUUCCUGCGCACGAGCAGCGGCAGCGGUCAGCGUCGCAGAUCGCGCAGACGGGGCCCGGAUGGCCAGGAAAUGAGGAACCUGAACAAGCAACCGUCGGUGAACUGCAUGGACCUGGACGUGGGGAACGGUCGAGCGCAACAAUGGUCCGACGACGAGUCCGAUCUCCCGCCGUCGAAGAGGAUGAGAGCUAUAGAGCCUGGAUACGCCAGUGAUCACACCGCCAUCACGGACUACGAGGAGACGGAGCCGCGAAUGUGGACGCAACAACACCUGGACGCCGCUGAUAUUCGCAGACCGGACGCAGGAGUCUUGACGCCGCCUAGUCUGGAACAUGGCCAGGACGUGGACGCCAGAGGUCCCUGUGGGAUGACGCCAUUGAUGGUGGCCGCUGUGCGUGGCGGAGGAUUGGACACCGGAGAGGAGGAGGACGAGAGCGACGGUUCAGCAGCGAUGAUCGCCGACCUGGUCGCCCAGGGCGCCGAUCUGAACGCCACGACCGACAAGAGCGGCGAGACGUCUUUGCAUUUAGCGGCUCGUUAUGCCAGAUCCGAUGCAGCCAAGAGACUCCUCGACGCUGGAGCGGACGCGAACUCUCAGGACAACACCGGCAGAACCCCUCUGCACUCCGCCGUCGCGGCAGACGCGAUGGGCGUCUUUCAAAUACUGUUACGGAACAGAGCGACGAACCUCAACGGACGCAUGCACGACGGCACUACGCCGCUGAUCCUGGCCGCGCGACUCGCCACCGAGGGAAUGGUGGAGGAUCUCAUCAACGCGGACGCGGACAUCAACGCGGCCGACAAUAGCGGGAAGACCGCUUUGCAUUGGGCGGCGGCAGUGAACAACGUAGACGCCGUCAACAUAUUGCUCGGCCACGGCGCAAACAGAGACGCCCAGGACGACAAGGACGAGACACCGUUGUUCCUCGCGGCCAGAGAGGGUAGCUUCGAGGCCUGUAAAGCGCUGCUCGACACUUUCGCCAACAGAGAGAUCACCGAUCACAUGGAUCGGUUACCUAGAGACGUGGCCAGCGAGAGAUUGCACCACGACAUCGUGAGAUUGCUCGACGAACACGUGCCGAGAUCCCCGCAGAUGGUGACCGUCAUACCGAACGGUCCGCUCAUGGGCUCCCCAAAUCACCCUCAGCUGAUCACACACCCCACGGUGAUCGGUUCAGCGCCGAAGCAAGGGAAGUCGAAGAAACGACCGAAAGCCGUCGCGGCGGGAAACCCGAACAGCCCGGAGUCGGAAGGCGGCGUGGUGGUGGUGAGGCGAAAGCCGUCGGUAAAAAAGCCGCCAGCGAAACGAGGUGCUCAGCCCCCAAACCAAGAGAUCCCUCAAGGAGCAGAGGGCGCGGAGGGAAACUUGCCCAGCCCGUACGACAGCGCGAGUUUGUACAGCAACGCGCUGCCGCUGGUGGGUCACACGGCCACGGCGAAGCAGCCACCACCGUACGAGGAUUGCAUAAAGGGCCAGUCCAUGCAGGGCCUUCAACAACUCGGGCUGGACACGUUCACGACCAACUACGGGUUGCCUAAUUUUCACGACCAGCUGCUAGCGCCUCACCAACGACAGGGACAGGGCAUGGUGAACACACUUUCGCCGCCUUACAGCAAUCAAUCACCGCCGCACUCUGUACAAUCGAACAUGACGCUCUCGCCGCAGGCUAGCUACAUGGGCUCGCCCUCGCCGGCAAAAAGUCGACCGUCUUUGCCAACCUCGCCGACCCACAUCGCCGCCAUGCGACAAGCGACGCAUCAGAAGCACGGGGGCAUGCCUACCGUGGGGUUCGACUUCGAAAACCUUCCCUAUUCCUCGAGUCAGCAACAGCAGCAGAUACAGCAAACGCAACAGCAGAUUCAACAGCAGCAGCAGCAGCAGCAGCAGCAGCAGCAGCAACAACAACAGAGCACGCAACAGCAACAGCAGCAGCAGCAGCAGCAACAACAACAGACGCAACAGUACUACCAGUACUUGACGCCGCCGUCUCAUCAUUCAGGACCCGACGUGACGCCCCAGCACCUGAUGCAGGCGCCGGAGAGCUUCCCGACUCCGUCGCCGGACAGUCCCGGCCACUGGUCGUCCAGCUCGCCUCACUCGAACAGCGACUGGUCCGAGUGCAUGGCCUCCCCUAACGCGUACAGCGCCGGCGGCGCUCACCAAAGCAACAAGGGCUCCGAGGCGAUUUAUAUAUGAAGCCAGGCGACCAUCCCUUCCUCGCGCGAGUAAAUCGCAAAGUCGCGGUACAGCGGGACGGACUGUGAUCGACUCGUCGAGUUCGAGGGUGAUUCUCGCCGAUUGUGUACGCGCAAGAACGCCUCCGGGACAUUACCCGGAACCCCUGAUCCUUAGACGCUCUCCCGUUAAGUCGCGAACAAGAUGACGGCCCUGCAACGGGAACGUCGACCCCUACACCGCGGCUCUCACAGGAUAGAAAUAUAGAUAAACAAUUGUGCACCCCGAGACGAUACUUCCUCCGGGACGCUAUUUUCACGUAACAUGGUUCAUCGUGCCUUUCCCCUUAUUGUAACCGCGACGCGAGACGGUUUAGGUAUACGACAGGAGAUUGAAGUAACCAUAGGAUGUCCCACAGGUUUUCUUGCAAAGACUGUUCCGCGGCUAAAACUAAGACGAAAAUGUCGGAUGAACGUGAGUACAUGAAUGCUUUGUUAACACUCUGUUUCACUGUUUUCACUGCGGUGUAAUGUCUGCACAUUGUUCUUUUGAAUAUGCUGUUUGAACCUUUUGGAUGCAAUUGAAU